AUGAUACGAUUGUAUCGAGCAGAAAAAUCACGCAAACAAAUAUCAAAAGAGCAUAAUUAUUAUCAACAGACAAAUACUGAUUAUAAACAAGAGGUAGAAAAUGAAUUUUCUCAACGUUGGUCACCUAAAACAAAUUCUAUUGCAAAUGCAAAUUUACCAUUUUCUUGCAUAAAUAUGAUCAAUCAUCAGAAAAACAGAAAUAAUGAGGUUAAUAAAUAUUCUCAAAAUCAGAAUUAUUAUGAAGAAUUACCAUUUAUACAUGAAAAGUGUGAAAUGAAGUCAACUUCAAAACCCAAAACAUCUAUGCCUAAUAGAACAUAUCCAUCCUCAUGUGAAAAAAGAGAUAAAAAUAAUUGUUCUGUAUAUAGUCAAAUAUCACCAAUAAUGUAUGAUAAUAUACCAAAAGACGUUAUUGAACGUAUUAUCGCCAUGUACAAUGCUAAACAAAAACAUUUUAUACGAGAGAAUAAUGUAUUAGGAAAUAGGAAAAGUGAUCCAAAAAUAGAGAAGAACGAUGAUGAUAAAAAUGAAACAGCUUUGGUAGAUGAACAAUUGUACGCGGCUUUAAUUUUGAUGUGGAAGAUAAGUGUCAGAUUUCAGUUUUGA